CUACAUAUACUCAGGUGCGCCGCACCUGUCCGCUCGCACCUGCCGGCUCACGGCUGAGGUUUCUGGCACAACCUCUCCCUCGCACCGCCUCUCUCACACAGCAGCCUCCGGCCGACAGCCCCGGGUACUUUGGAGACUUCCAGCACCCAGGACCGCGCCUGUACGGCCCCUCCACCUUUUGUUUGGGUAGGGUCGCGGAGAGCACCAGUAGGAAACACCUGGCCUUCGCAGAUCGCCUUUGUUGACCAGCAGUUCUCCGGUCGUAACCUGUUCCCUCUACUGAGACCUUUGCACCGCCAGAGGGGCGAUUUGUGUUUACUUCGGGUGAUCAGAUAUUUGCAGUCACUGGAUCAAAAUUUUUUUGACUUUUCGGGCGACUUAUAACUCCAACUUGUCUUUUGUGGGGUUGCCCUUCAAGGUUUGUUUGUUUUACUGCAGAGGCGCCCGCCCGGCGCCCCCGGUCUUUUCUGAGGGCGGAAAUGGCCAAUUCGGGCCUGCAACUGCUGGGCUUUUCCAUGGCCCUGAUGGGCUGGGUGGGCCUGGUGGCGUGCACAGCCAUCCCGCAGUGGCAGAUGAGCUCGUACGCGGGCGACAACAUCAUCACGGCCCAGGCCAUGUACAAGGGUCUGUGGAUGGACUGCGUCACGCAGAGCACCGGCAUGAUGAGCUGCAAGAUGUACGACUCGGUGCUCGCCCUGCCGGCGGCCAUUCAGGCCACUCGAGCUCUAAUGGUGGUAUCCCUGGUGCUCGGCUUCCUGGCCAUGUUCGUGGCCACGAUAGGCAUGAAGUGUACACGCUGUGGAGGAGACGACAAAGUGAAGAAGGCCCGUAUAGCCAUGACUGGAGGCAUCAUUUUCAUCGUGGCAGGUCUGGCUGCCUUGAUAGCUUGCUCCUGGUAUGGCCACAAGAUCGUCACAGACUUUUAUAACCCUUUGGUCCCCAUGAACAUUAAGUAUGAGUUUGGUCCUGCCAUUUUCAUUGGCUGGGCAGGGUCUGCUCUGGCCCUCCUGGGAGGUGCACUACUCUCUUGCUCCUGUCCUGGGAACGACAGUAAAGCUGGGUACCGUGCACCCCGCUCCUACCCUAAGCCCAACUCUGCCAAGGAGUAUGUGUGAGCUGAGAUCCCCUUGCCCCUGCCUGGUAGCCCAUGGGUGUGCCCCAACACCUGAAGGGCCCUGGGGCAGAGCCCAGCCUGUGGGCAGGGUGCGGAGCAGAAGCCUUUGGUCACUCCAGUCCUGCACACCAUGUACAGUUCCCUGGGGGGUUGGGUGAGGGAGACAAAAAGGGGUGGGUGUGCUUUUUGUACAGUAAU